AUGUCUAAAAAAUGUGCUGUUAAAGGGCCCACCAGUUUAAAGUAUACACUACUCAAUAUAGCAGUGCCAAAAAAUCAACGACGACUUAAGGCUGGAGCUGUACCAACGAUAUUACUGCCACACCAACAAGAUGAUGAAGCCCAGAAUGGUGCCACAGACAGCUGUGUGACCUCAUCACCUCACACAGGUCAACAUUUUGAGACCAAAGAUGAUGCAGCCCAGAAUGGUGCCACAGACAGCUGUGUGACCUCAUCACCUCACACGGGUCAACAUUUUGAGACCAAAGAUGGUGCAGCCCCGAAUGAUGCCACAACCAGCUUUGAGAAUGACAGUGUAGGGGAGAAUGAGCUCCACCUUCAGGUUCAGCAGCUGUUACAAGAUAGAACAUCAUUACAAAGAAUAGUUGCAGAAAGAGAAGCGAAGAUAGUUGUUCUUCACAAGGCAAAAAUGAAGAAGGAAAAGGAGUUGAAUGCUAUGGAAAAGGAAAUAGGAAAACUACAAGACAGCUUACGGUGUUCUCAGGACAAAAUAUGCAUAGCCAAGAAGAAUCUUAGCCAAAUGUUCUCACGCUCACAAAUUGAUCAUAUAUUUGCUGAGAAAAAUAUUACUAAUUGGAGUGAGGACGAUAUCAAUGAGCACUAA